AUGGUUCUCAAACCAUGGGCAGCCGGAACAACGAGAGAAGGAGAUUCGCGCGAGUUGGAGGAGCCAACAGAACCCAAGGAUGAUGAAGAGAGUGAUGGUGAGAUUGAAGAAGGCAUUGUCGAGUUUUCAGAGUCUGACGAAACAGAUCCCAUGGCGGAGCCAGAGUGGGACGUGGACAGCUUCGAUGGUGUAGAGUAUUACUCAUCUCCGGAGCCGGACCUUCCCUCCGAUGAGCAGCCUUACGACAAAACGGAGAACGCUGGUGAACACUAUCGCAUCUAUAAACGCCAGUUGAUCGACAGCAAGGGCUUCAUGGUGGAUCCAGGGCUUAGGCCAAGUGAUUUAUACAAAGGAAUCAAACCGUUGAGUUUUGAGGGGGGAGGGGCUAAUCGGAAAACCUUCCGCGAGUACUGUGAAGAGAUGGUCUCUAUAUGUCUUGAAAAACACAACCAAGACAAGCCCAAGGAUUCGAAUGUGGAGUUUGUUGAAAUGGUGAGGGGUAAUUAUCGAGGAGGCCCGAGACCGAAGUCAUACAUUACAUUUAUGGCGAGGGAGAAGCCCGAUGGAGAUGUUGUUGAGUAUCAAGCCAAGGGUAUGGCUACUCUUGACGGAAAGAAGCAUCCCAUUCUCUGUAGACCGGCUCCUACUCCAAAAGCCGAUUUAAUGUAUAGUUUUACUUUUCAGUUUUCAUUUUUCACUUUCCUACUUGGCUCGGAGCUGAGAGAUUUAGGGAUUUGGUCGAUCAUCGAAUCCGAUAGAAGGAGAAUCGAGCGAGAGUUUGAGGAAGCAGUUGAAUCCAUGGAAGCAUCGAGCACGUUGGAGGACGCGGCAGAAUCCAUCGAAAUAUCUUCUCCAGUGGUUGUCGAUUCGUGCCUGAUGGCAAAGCUCGAGCUGGAGGAGGAAGAAGAGAGCGAUGGCGAAACUGAAGAAGACAGUGAUGAGAAACCCAAAAUUGAGGAGCCUGAGGCUGAAAUACCUGAGGUACUACAGGCGCCAGAGUGGGACGUGGACAGCUUCGACGGCUUAGAGUAUUAUUCUUCACCGGAGAUUUUGCUUUCGUCUUCAUAUUCCGACGAGGAGGAGGCUGAAGAACACUACCGCAUCGCUAAACGCCAGCUGAUCGAUAGCAAGGGAUUUUACAUGGAUCCAGAGCUAAAACGUGUUUAUUUCUUCAAAAGAAUCAGCGCAAUGCCUUUGGACAUGAUCGCAUUUCCCGGCAAAACCUUUCGUGAUUACUGGGAAGAGAUGGUGCAUGUUUGUGUCCAAAAACACAACCAAGACAAGGAUCCAAAGUUGGAGUUUGUUGAAGUUGUGAGAGGUAACUAUCGCGGAGGACGGAGAUCCAAGUCAUAUAUUACAUUUCUGGCGAGGGAGAAGCCAUAUGGAGAUCUCGUUGAGUAUCAAGCCAAGGCUAUGGCUACUUUUGACGGAAAGAGCCACCCCAUCCUUUGUAGACCGGCUCCUAUGCCAAAGCCGAUUUAG